UGUUGCUCAACAAGCUUUAUCACUAGGUAUGUACAGUCUCAGUGUCUUUGGAGUCUUGAAAAGAAUUGGAUUAUCUUACUGUAGACUGUCAACGUUGCACCAAUAUCGGAACACCAACCAAAGGACCAGCUGUGUGCUACAUAAGCAAGACAGAAAAGGCCUGUUUUUUGACAGAGUAGUCAAGGAGUUUCAUGGGGCAUGGACAGGAAUAUUUAGUCAUUGUAUUCACACAGGAGACUGGAAAGGAGGAGAAACAGAAGACAAGCAAGAUGACCUAGACGUGAAUAAUAAUGAGUACCAGUUCCUUCGAGAAAUAUGUGCCAUUCCUAAUGCUGGGCAUCAUGUUAUGGUUAUUCAGCCAGUGGUCAAAGGUCCAAAGGACAAAAGAGCAUCUCCAGAGCUAAAGCUUUCAGAAACAUGUGCUUUGGUAUCUACAUUACCCACUUGGAGGGUCAUAAAACAGAAGGUGGUGCCUGCAAAAAGUCUUGACAGUCUACAGUUGUUUGGCUCAGGGAACUUUGCCCAGCUCCAAGCGGAAAUAAGGAACAGUUCUGACAUCAGUGCUGUGGUCUUGGGUAUUGACAUUUUAAAAGGGACACAGGUCUUAGAGCUUACCAAUGCUUGGAAAGUCCCAAUCUUCGACAGGUACACAAUUGUUCUGCAAAUCUUUAAGGAGCAUGCCCGCACAAAGGAAGCAAAACUGCAAGUGGCAUUGGCAGAAAUUCCAUACAUCAGAUCUCGCCUGAGUCAGUUUCAGGAGGGUUCAUGUGACAGUCAGCUGAUCGGAGCUGAAAAAGUGGGUGGGACAGGGGAAACCUACAUGGCAAGGAGGAAGUUUCUACUUCAGGAGCAGGAAGUCAAGCUACAGAAGGCCCUCCAGCAGGUUAGGAAUCAGCGAAGUGUCUUGCGGCAGAAUAGACAGCGGUCUCAAAUGCCCACAGUUGCAGUGGUCGGUUAUACAAAUGCUGGAAAAACUUCGCUUAUUAAAGCAAUAACUGGAGAUAAAAGCUUGGAACCUAAAGAUCAACUGUUUGCUACACUUGAUAUUACAUCUCACGCUGGCAAACUGCCAAAUCAAAUGACGGCCAUUUUUAUAGACACUGUGGGGUUCAUCUCUGACAUCCCUGUCACACUUAUUGAUGCCUUCUCCGCCACAUUGGAAGAUGCCUUGUUGGCAGAUGUUGUUGUUCACGUGCGGGACAUCAGCCACCCUGACACAGAGGCUCAGAAGGUUAGCGUGUUGCAAACACUGCGCCAGCUGCUUUCCAACCAACAACUAACCAGCAUGAUCGAGGUGUGCAACAAGGCCGACAGGCUCAAGGACGGGGCAAAGGUGACCAUUCCGGAAAGGGCAGUUCUGACGUCACUGACCUCAGGACAAGGUGUAGGCGAACUGCAGGAGUUGAUUCAGAAGGCGCUGUUGGAAACAUCACGGCACGUAGAGAAGAGGUUCAGAAUACCAAUGCAAGGGCCCAUGCUUGCCUGGUUGUACAAAGAAGCCACAGUGAGCUCCGUUGAGGUGGAGGAAUCAGACCCUGAGCACCUGCUGGUGGAUGUAGUCAUUUCUAUACCAGCAUACGAACGGUUUAGGGCCCGAUUUGGUGGGAAAAAUAGGAAUCAGAGCUGACAAAAAUUUGUAAAGGAAACUAAUGAGUUGUGUGUGCCUGUGAGUGAGGGAGAAAAAAAAAAAUUGACAAAAGAGAAUGUUCUAUGUGAUUUCUGCUAAUGCAUCUCACAUUUUAAGUCUUUUGGUCCCACUUGUGAAAGGCGGUGAGAUGGUUGAAAUAGAGAUUUGUGUCGUAAUGUUAAUCUCCUUAACGUGUACGUGUGUGUAUGUGUGUGCGCGCGCAUCCAUAUUAGACUUUCCUAAUUACUUGCAUUUGCUAAUCAUUUGACUAAUGACUAAUCACCUUCUGAGCUUAAAAAAAAGAAACCACUGCCCAUUGUAUUGCCUAUGUCGGGUUCAUAAAUCCUUUUUUUGUACAAAAAAGACAAAUUCUUA